UCCCACAUGUUAUUGGGGUUGUGGAUGGCACACAUGUAGCUAUUCAGCCACCAAAACAUAAUGAAGAAAUUUUUAGAAACAGGAAACUGUUUCAUUCUCUGAAUGUAAUGGUUGUUUGUGGGCCAUCCCUCCAGAUCCUUUCCCUGAACGCAAAGUUUACUGGAAGUUCCCAUGAUGCGUAUGUCAUUAGACAAUCAGGGAUAUGGCAGAGAUUAAGAUCAAGUCAACGACCAGACAUGUGGUUAUUGGGAGACCGUGGAUAUCCUUGCACCCCCUGGCUCAUGACUCCUUACCGUAAUCCCAGGCCAGGACCACAGAUGGCAUUUAACUCCGCGCUCACUGCCACUAGGCAGCUGGUGGAGCGCACAAUUGGUGUCCUGAAAGGGCGGUUUCGUGUUCUCCACCGCACUGGUGGCGACAUCAUGUAUUCGCCGGAGAUGGCAAGUAAAAUAGUGGUCCUGUGCGCAAUACUCCAUAAUAUCGCGGUAAGGAGUAGUGUAGAGCUUCCUCAGGCAGAGGAAUUGCCUGAUGAGGAGCCAGGGGUUGUGCCACGCUUCGGUGGGGGGAGUGUGACACGGAGGGGGAGCCAAGUGAGGGCAAGAAUUGUAGCAGAAUAUUUCAGCUGAAUUAUCACACGAACUGUGGACAACAACAACGGCAAAACUCCCCACCCCCUUCCCCUUCUCACUCCCCCUCCCCUUCUCACUCCCCCUCCCCUUCUCACUCCCCCUCCCCUUCUCACUCCCCCUCAGCUUCCCAGUCCCCCUCAGCUUCCCAGGCCCCAUCAGCUUCCCUGGCCCACUCCACUUUACAUUCCCCUUCUCACCACACCUCUCCAUCUCUUUCUGGGACCCCUUCUCCUCCUUCCCAUACCCCUUCUCCUUCAAAAUCAACAUCACAAUCUGAACCACCCUCACCCUCUAUUGCUUUAACUUUUUCUCCGCCCCCCUCGCCCUCUCAAUCAGACCCCCCCUCUGAAAUUGCGGACCAAAUCCAGCCUCCUUCCCCCAUCCAGCCUCCUUCCACAAUCCCUCCUCCUUCCCCAAUCCCUCCUCCUUCCCCAAUCCCUCCUCCUUCCCCCAUCCAGCCGCCUUCCCCCAUCCAGCCAACAUCCCCACCAAGUGAAUGGGCAGAGGAAGCCCCUGCCGAACGUUCCGGGAGUCUGGAUGUUGCCGUGGAAAAUGUUGCAGUUGGAGAUCCCACAAGUUUUUCAGGGAUACUUUACACCAUGCGCCAACACCUGCAAGGAAUGAUGGAUUGUGUGGACCAUUUGCAAAAAUUUGCUUGA